UAUGGCUGACGAGCUGGAUGUUGUGGACAUUGAGGGUGAUGAACGCGAUGAAAAUGUGGGUGACCUGAGCAGUGCUGAGAUACUUCAGGACCAAUACUUACAGUCUGCAUGGAAAAAAACCAGCAGUAUUCGGCCAUGGACGCUGGACAGCUCUAUCAGUGAUGAAAACAGGCAGGCCAUUGAAAGCAUGCUGCUCGAAGAACAAUAUUAUUUUGCCAGUAAAAAAGCACCAAAGGUGGCAUGGAGCAAUGAGAAGACUAAAGUCAAAAAGUCAUUGGUGAAGACCUCUGUAGCUUCAACACGUUGGGCUGAAGAGGAGAAGGAUCUCUUUGAAAAGGGACUUGCUGAAUUUGGACGCAGAUGGACCAAAAUUGCCAAACUGAUCGGUACUAGGACGGUUCUACAGGUGAAGAGCUAUGCAAAGCAUUACUUCAAAAAUAGGACGAGAACAGAAACACCUGCUGAAGUAUCUACAACCGAAGCAGCUCCAAGCCCUGAUUUCCCAUCUACAACUAUAGUCCCUUCAGUCCAGCCUGAUAUCUCCGCACUGACCAAUGCUGUGCGCAUCGAGCGGCUCUCGGAUGACGAGGAUGUUGACAUCACUGACGACUCCAGCAAUGAUGGGUUCCAGGUGGAAAACCAGUCGGACUGUGACGACAAAGAAGAAAUCUGUCCAAUGUCACCCCAAACAGAUGAUCUUUUAAACUCUCUGACACAAUCACAAACCUCAGCUUCAGAAGGAUUUACCGAUCCAGACACAAAUGAAAUCGCUGGCCUCUCUCAGAAUAGGAUUGAUCUAGAACCAGAUGAGGAAAGUGUAAACAACUUAUCAAUGUCAUGCAGUCCAGGCAAAGACAGCCUUCUUGAGGAAGAGAGUAGUGAUGGAUUAGAUAAGAUGGAGUCAGUUGAAUGUCCAGAGGAGGAAGUGGAGGAAGACCAGGAAGAUGAGGAGGAGCUCAGACCUCCGGAACAGGAGGUCACAUUGGACUUAAACACAGUCACAGAGGAGGAGAAGCAGGCCAUCUCUGAAUUUUUUGAGGGUCGUCCAUCCAAAACCCCAGAGAGAUAUCUUAAAAUCCGAAAUUACAUCCUCGACCAGUGGGGGAAAAGUAAACCUAAGUACCUGAACAAGACAUCGGUUCGUCCAGGUUUGAAGAAUUGCGGGGAUGUAAACUGCAUUGGUCGAAUACACACCUACCUUGAACUCAUUGGAGCGAUCAACUUCAACUGCGAUCAGGCAAUCUAUAACCGCCCGCGAUUGGUCGACCGCUCUCGACUAAAGGAAAGCAAAGACAGCCUGGAGGCUUAUCAUCUUGCACAGAGACUCCAGUCUAUGCGUACAAGGAAGCGCAGAACUCGGGACAUGUGGGGAAAUUGGUGCGACUCUAAAGAUCUGGAGGGCCAGACGUUUGAACAUCUAAGUGCAGAGGAACUGGCUCUCAGGAGGGAGGAGAUGAGGAAAAAAGGACCAAAACCAUCUAAACUCUCCAAACAAAGAGGCUCAUUCGAUCCGUUCCAGCUAAUUCCAUGCAAGUCUUUUGGAGAGGACAGACAGGAACCCUACAGAGUGCUUGUUUGUGCUGAAGCUCUUGUGGUCAUGGAUUUACAUGCUCAUGUAUCUAUGGGAGAGGUGAUUGGCCUUUUAGGAGGAACGUAUAAAGAGGACGAAAAGGUUUUAAAGAUCUGUGCAGCUGAACCUUGUAACAGUUUGAGCACAGGUAUGCAGUGUGAGAUGGAUCCCGUCUCUCAAACUCAAGCCUCCGAACUGCUUGCAGACAAAGGUCACAAUGUCGUGGGCUGGUACCAUUCUCAUCCGGCCUUUGACCCAAAUCCCUCCCUCAGAGAUAUUGACACUCAGGCCAAAUACCAGAGUUAUUUCUCUCGAGGUGGUGCUCCAUUUAUCGGGAUGAUUGUCAGCCCAUAUAACCCCAGUAACUCCUCCCCUUUCUCUCAGACCACCUGUCUGGUGGUACAGGAGGAGGUUGGACCCUCUGGACCUGAGAAACUUCCAUACCGGUUUAACAUGCAGUAUUUGUCUGAGCUUCCUGAUUGGUCAGAAGUGAUGAGAAGAACAGAAUGGGUGGUGUUCAAGUAUAGACAGUGUCAUGGGAGUGUACCAAUGGACAGGCUUUUUCGUAGAGAUUCUUCUCUCACUUGCCUGGAAAAGAUGCUUGCAUCAGCCCGUAACAUUUUGGAGCAGGUAUCAGAUGCUGAAGUAGAGACUUGGCUCGUUCAAUUCCAAACCUUGUUUCAGACACAUUUUCUUCCUGAUACUGGCUCUUCCACCUCUCAGCCUCAUGAACCAAUAUCACAGCACCAUUUACUGUCAUUCUACUCCGAGCCAAUCAACAACAUCCUCAUCACAGAUGAAGAACAGCAAACAGUUGAUUCUGACUGCCAAGAUAAAGUGUUCACGAUAGGAACUGAUAACCAUAUCAUAAACUGUAAGAAAGAAGAGAAUGCAGAUUUUACAGAGACUAUCAGUUCAGAAACUGUGUGAAAUAAUCCAUAGAAUUUUACAAUGGAUUUACCGUAUAGAAUUGGCUCUUGCAGAAGUAAAAAAAUAUAAACACACUGUUCAAAACUGAUAUUUAGAAACUUGCGUGAUACAUUACAAAUGACAUAAUGUAACUUUUUACUUUCAUUAAUAUAAUCUUUCCAUUAAAAUGUUAGUUUUCAUGAAA